AUGGAUUCAAGCAAUUUAGUGGCCAGAAAAUGGCUGCAAGAAUAUGCAUCAGGUUAUUCGGAUAAUCAAAUAAGCGAUAGGAUUGUCCAUCACUUGGAAAAUUUACAUACGUUAUUGGCCGACAAGACACCUGAUCUCAAGUCCAUGUUGACGGAGAAUAUCAUCCGAUAUUUUACAACUCCUUUAGAUUACUUCAUCAGUAAUGGACAAAUGAAAGAAUUGAAAGACUAUCUGAGCACUAGUAAUAAAUCGGCAAUAUGUGGUAAAGUUUUCAACGCCGGUGAACCAACUUACACAUGCAGCGUCUUGAUCAACGCUCGAAAGAUCAUUUCUAGUUGGAUCAUACAUACAUCCUUUAACGUAUUGUAG